AUGGAGAAUUCGGGAAACACUGGAGUUGGAAUUGUAUGGAAUUUGGUAGUCAACAGUCCCUAUUUGUUGAUACCAAAUCCAUUGUACAACGGUGUUAAUCUUUCAAAUCCGAACCAAACCAACCCUCCAAACAAUUUUAUGGGAAUGUCCGGUUUCAAUGAUAAUAUUCCAAAUCCCAACCAAGCUCCAAAUCCCAGUCAAGCCAACCCUCCAAACAAUUUCAUGGAUGGGUCUGGUUUUGGGCAACCAUCAAAUCUGAAUGAAGCUUCCAAUUUGAAUAAUCCUGGAGGCAAUGGUACCAUAUUUAACACUAUAUGGGAAAUGUUGAGAAGCUCCCCCACAGUUGUUGCUGAAGAUACAUUUCUGUCCCAGAAUCUUUUGAUGGAAAAUGUGGAGAACCCUCUCAACCUUCCCAUGGCAGAGGUUGUUGAAAAUGUAGGGGUUGGGGAGGCUGAAAACGUGGUGAACCCUCUUAUCCCUCCCAUGGUAGAGGUUAUUGGAAAUGUGGAAGUUGAGGAGACUGAAAAUGUGGAGGUUGAGGAGACUGAAAAUGUGGGGAACCCUCUCAUCCCUCCCAUGGUAGAUGUUGUUGGAAACGUGGAGGUUGAGGAGGAUGAAAAUGUGGGGAACCCUCCCAUGGUAGAGGUUGUUGGAAAUGUGGGGGUUGGGGAGAAUGAAAAUGUGGGGAACCCUCUAGGAAUCCCUCUGCCUGAGAACCCUCUCAUGGUUGAGGAGGCUCAAAACAUGGAGAAUCCUCCCAUGGCACUCAUAAACUUUAACCCUCAAGAUGUCCGAUUAAUAACAAAUUUCUUGAUUAGGAGGCUUAGAAAUGAGCCUCUUGAGGAGAAUAUUAUCCAUGAAAUCAACUUCUAUGAUCAUUCUCCACAAUACAUGGCAGACAAUUAUGUUCACGGAGUGCCGGGUGUACUAUUCUUUUUCACCCCAGUGCGGCGCCUUUGUCGACAAAAAGCUGUUCGAAAAGUUUAUGGGGAAGGGGGUGGAUCAUGGUGUCGUAUAAGUGGAUAUGUAAAUCAUGUCAAGGACAAGGACAAUGAUAAUCGGGUCGUAGGAACUAUAAAAUCAUUCAAAUUUGCCCCGAAAAAUCCAAAUCCGAAUGCCAUCACCUGGCUCAUGAAAGAGUACAACUUACCUAAUGAAGAGCCACAACAAGAGAGCGAAAAUAUUCACGAAUGCGUUCUUGUAAAGUUGUACUCGAACUAG